AUGGCAAUUCGUAUAUUAUUUUAUGCAUUUACAAGCCUUAUCCAAGCAGCAAUAUCUUUCGCGUGACAUGCAUUUCUGGCUUGGAGCCAAAACGACAAGGCAAGGUUGCCAUUCUCAUACCCACAGUCCUCGGAACCGUAACCACGCGGUAUUGACAAGUGGAAGGGAAAGAGUCGGCCGCCUUUCUCGCGUUCCUUCGCGCCUGCCAGUUCUCUCCGGCGGCGUGCGCACUUUCAAGCACGGUGAGACGGUCGAAACUCCCAUCUUCUGGCUGCUGCAGAUCACCAUCUCGGGUGGAGGCAGCAGAAGCGUGGUUGUCAUCGAUGAGGUCAACCCUUCUUCGCAGACCUUGAAUGAAGGCGAUGUGUUGGUGCUGGACGAGGGUAGCAAGCUGACGGCGUAGCAGGGAAGGAAGAGCAGCCCCAUCGAGAAGGCCAAGUCCGCGCAGGUGAUUGCUCCCUUGAGUAUGCAGCUCAAGACGACCCCCGCUUGGUGCUUUCCCUCAAUUCGCUAGGCGGUGAUGUCGACGCCAAGAUCGCACCGCCGACUCCGCCGUGCGGAGGCGCAGAAUGGGGAGUAGCUCGAUGGCUGAAGACGCGACUGGCCGACCCGUGUGUCUUUUCCGACGAAAGUGGCCCGCUGAACUUCGAACUUGUCAAGGACAGAAAAAAAGGUCAAUUGGAUAGUUUCAGGGGCGACGAUGUGUUCAUCUACGACACUGGCCAUCAAGUCUUCUGCUGGUAGGGCAAGAUGCAAACGAGUGCAAAGUGUGACUCCAUG